AUGCCGCUAGCGCAGCGGAUGUUCAGACUUCGGACAAACAAGAAGGUCGGUGAAAGAAACGCUAUUAUUCAACACACGGGCUCCGAUUCAACACCUAUUCAAGAGACAUGGGUAUGGUACGCUAAGACGUUGGUGUGCACCCACGCCGGAAAAUACAAGUCUCGUGGGAAGGGCAAGAGAGCGCGUCAAGAAUCUCGCUCGAUCGAGUGUCCAGCACAGAGCUCUGUCGGGCGCUAUCGAAUGCAGUCGGGCGCUGUCGAGCGCUGUCGAGUGCAGUCGAGCACUGUCAGGCACUGUCGAGGACAGUCGGAUUAA